AAGAAAAGAAAGCAUAGUCCCUCUUUCUUUGGUAUAACAUGUUUAUGUAUUUAAAAUUCAACUUGAUCAUGCCUUUUAUUUUACUCCUUAUUUACUUUCUUGUUGCCUCUUUAUCCCAUUUCUUAUUUUUGUUGUCUUUCUUACUUCUGUUCCUCUUCAUUUUAUAAAGGAUACUUUCCCUUUCCUACCAAGAAUGACUAAAUCUAUAGUGCUUCCAUUAGUUGAUCAGAAUAAAAUUGUUCCUCAACAUAGACACAGAGACAUCCUCUCCUCCCUAGACCCCGUAAAAGGAGAAACAGUUUUACCUCUGAAUAUUUUGAAGUAAUUAAAACAUUACAGUCCCAGGCUAUUAAUAUUUUCCUUAUGGCGUAUCUCUUCUGUUUUAAGAAACUUUCCUCUUUUUUUAUUCCAAACCGCAGUCAUGUUUUCAACAUCUGUUAAACAGAACCCUGUUUAUUUUAAGCCAACCACACAAAAGGUACUGUGUUGUAGUGUUGAGAAUGUGAGCUUUGAAGCCAGGUAGACUGGGUUUGACUUAACAUCACUAAAUCCCUGUUUCUGUGUGCAUAAAAUGAAAUAAUAAUGAUUAUGGCAACAUGUAGGGGACAGGAUUGUUGUGCAAAUUCAGGGAGGUACCAGCUUUUGCAUAUUCCAUGAUUCCGUGUAAUCACAAUGCUUGCUAAUAUGAAUUAAAUGUUUACUUGGGCCAGCCUGGUGCUGUGUCUUAUGAACAGCACUGCAUUUAAUUUUCACAGCCUCAUGAGGUAGUUUUGACUCAUUUUGAAAAGAAAAUGAAGAAACAUUUUUUGACAUGUUUAUUUUUGAGAGAGUGCAAGUGGAGGAGGGGCAGAGAGUGGGGGACAGAGGAUCUGAAGCGGGCUCCCCGCUGACAGCAGUAGGCUAGCCCGAUGUGGGGCUCAAACCCACAAACUGCAUGAUCAUGACCGGAGCCGAAGUCGGACACUCAACCGACUGAGCUACCCAGGUGCCCCUUUUAAUUUUUUAAAAAUAUUUUUGAGAGAGAGAAAAUGAAGAAACAUUUUUAUACUCUUGUAGCUAAAAGUUGGCAGAGCUAGAAUGUAAGCCUUUAUUAAUUUUAAUCUAAAUCUCAUGGUCUUGCUCAUAUUCCAUUUUGACGAAUAACCAGAAUCGAUAUUGACUGGACUUUGUCUACCCCGCAGUAUCCAGUGCCAGGAACUGUACUUGGGUGCCUCCAGGAAGUGUUCGUGGGGUGACUGCUGAAUGACUGACUAUGUGGACACUGUCUUUCCAGGUUUCUUGGAGUCUCUGUUGAGCCCGCGGGCCAGACCCCAUAGCGGAGGCUGCAGAAACUUCCUUCCGGCCCCAGCAGCUCUGUUUGAGUCCGUGGACCCCACCUGGCUUCCGGCUCUUGGGAGGAGCAUCAGGAAGAGAGCUAGAGGGCUGAGGCCCAGCGGGAACAUGCCAGCCAACCAGAGCUCUCCCGGGCCAUCCCUGGCUCUGGCUGUGGGGAGAUGUGACAACUCGUGUGAGGGCUCCGUGUCGUUCGAGGAUGUGACUGUGGACUUCAGCAGGGAGGAGUGGCAGCAGUUGGACUCUACACAGAGACGCCUGUACCAGGAUGUGAUGCUGGAAAACUACAGCCACCUGCUCUCAUUGGGGUAUGAAGUUCCCAAACCAGAAGUCAUCUUCAAGUUGGAGCAAGGAGAGGAGCCAUGGAUUUUGGAGAGAAAAACCCCACAUCAGAGCUGUUCGGAUGGGAGGCUUGGGAUUAAGACCCCACAAAGAAGAAUUUCUGGAAAAGCUUCAUUUCAUAGUGAAAUGGAGGGUGAAGAUACAACAGAUGAUUCAUUGUAUUCCAUUUUAGAAGAACUGUGGCAAGAUUCUGAACAGAUUAAAAGAUAUCAGGAAAAACAGAGCAAACCUCUGAGUCAUGCUGUUUUCAUCAAUAAGAAAAUAUUGAAUACAGAGUGGGACUUUGAAUAUAAAGACAGUGGAAAAUUUGUGCCUUCAAGCCCAAAUCGUAUUCCUUCACAGAAAAGACCGCAUAAACGUGACUCAUUUGGAAAGAGUUUUAAGCAGAAUUUAGACUUACAUACUCCUAGUAAAAACAUUGCAACAAAGAAUUUUGAUAAAAAUAUUGGACGUGGUCAAGUUUUCACUCAGAGCUCUUCUUAUACUAGCCAUGCAAAUACUCCUACAGGAGGGCAAUUCUGUGAAAGUAAUCAGUGUGGAAAAGUCCUCAGCCUUAAACAAGCAUUCAGUCACAAUCUGAAAUUUCCUGCUGGGGAGAAAACAAAUGUGUGUACUGAGUUUGGGAAGAUCUUCACCCAGAAGUCGCACCUCUUUGCACCCCAGAGAAUCCAUACUAUGGAAAAACCUCAUGAACUUGGCAAAUGUGUAAAUGUUUUUACACAGAAGCCACUACUCAGUAUAUAUCUGAGAGUUCAUAGAGACGAAAAAUUGUACAUAUGUCCUGACUGUGGGAAGGCAUUCAUCCAUAAUUCAGAAUUAAUUAUGCAUAAGAAAACUCAUACUAGAGAAAAACCCUAUAAAUGCAGCGAAUGUGGAAAAUCAUUUUUCCAGGUGUCAUCUCUACUUAGGCAUCAGACCACUCAUACUGGAGAAAAACUCUAUGAAUGCAGUGAAUGUGGGAAAGGCUUCUCCCUGAACUCAGCCCUCAAUGUGCAUCAGAAAAUUCAUACUGGGGAGAGACACCACAAAUGUAGUGAGUGUGGGAAAGCCUUUACCCAAAAAUCGACACUCAGGAUGCAUCAGAGAAUUCACACAGGAGAGAGAUCUUAUAUAUGUACUGAAUGUGGGCAGGCCUUCAUCCAGAAAGCACACUUGAUUGCCCAUCAAAGAAUUCAUACUGGAGAGAAGCCUUAUGAAUGCAGUGACUGUGGGAAGUCUUUCCCUUCUAAGUCACAACUCCAGAUGCAUAAGCGAAUUCACACAGGAGAGAAACCCUAUAUAUGCACUGAAUGUGGGAAGGCCUUUACCAACAGAUCAAAUCUCAAUACUCACCAGAAAUCUCAUACUGGAGAGAAGUCUUACAUAUGUGCUGAAUGUGGAAAAGCCUUCACUGACCGGUCAAAUUUCAAUAAACACCAGACCAUUCAUACUGGAGAGAAACCCUAUGUUUGUGCUGACUGUGGCAGGGCCUUCAUCCAGAAGUCAGAGUUAAUUACACAUCAGAGAAUUCAUACUACAGAGAAGCCUUAUAAAUGUCCUGAAUGUGAGAAAUCCUUCUCCAAGAAACCACAUCUCAAAGUACAUCAGCGAAUUCACACAGGAGAGAAACCUUACAUGUGUGCCGAAUGUGGGAAGGCCUUCACUGACCGGUCAAAUUUCAAUAAGCACCAGACAAUUCAUACUGGAGAGAAACCCUAUAAAUGCAGUGACUGUGGAAAGGGCUUCACUCAGAAAUCAGUUCUGAGUAUGCAUCGCAAUAUUCAUACAUGAAAGUAACCCUGUUUCUUAAAAAUGAGAAAACCUUAUCACAGAAGUCAGGUCUACAUGUGUAUUAUGAAAUCUAUCCAAGACAGACCCUACAUGAAUACACUGCAUAAUAAAAAGCAGUUUUCAGGCUCUUGCCCCUGAGAUGAGAAAAACUAUUCAAGAGACCCUCUAAGAAUGCAUUGAUUCAAAGGGACUUUUCAUAUUUGCAUGGCUUCACAAAAUAGAAUCGAAUCCUGUCAGUUUGGGGAAAAUGCUGUCAGUUUGAUGCAUUAGGUAAAGCCUUCCUGUAGAAAGUGUGAUAAGGCAAAUUGUUACCCAAUUCUUUAUAGAUGGAGUGAGCAAAAUUAUGUAAAUGACAGUCAUGUUUACUGUGUUAUAUUAGGCAAUUUAAAGUGGCAACAAAGUGAAAGGAAGAACAACAAAAUAAUGUAUUUGAUGUGUAGACCUACACUCAGUUCUGUAGGGUGUUUGUGGCAGAACACAUUGCACAACAGAAGGAAUAAUUGAAUUGAAAUUCUUUUUUGAAUUUAAUAUAAUUGUGUCUGUCAAACAUGUUUCCUAUUGAAUCCUCCCGCGAAUCCACAGUUUUAAUGUCAUUAUGGUUUUAUAUAUACCCAUAUCUGCAGAUAUACUCUUACAUGAACACAUAAAUAUAAUCCUAUCAUUCAUACUGGUUUCCACAACAUUCUAUUUUUAUCUUCUUUAAUUGUGGUACAAUGCAAAAUAGCCACAGACCUCUCCCAUCCUUUUAUGCACACCCCUUUGCAAUGUUACUCUUUUUUUCUUUUAUUAAGAGGUAGAACUCUGUCUACUCCUUGACUCUCGGCUUGGCCAUGUGAUUUGCUUUGGCCAAUAUACAUUAGCAAAGAGAUUCAAGAAGAGGCCUGGAGAAAAGUCUGCCUUGAGGCUUAUCUUCUCUUGCUGCUCUUUGGAAUUCUGAGACCUUCCUGUGAAGAAACUCAAGAGUACUCAGCCGGAGGGUGAGAAACCACAUGGAACAGAAAUGAGCCAGCACAGAUGAGGCCUCUUAGACCAACUGCCAGACAGGAGAGUGAGGCCUUCCUCAACCUCCAGCCCCAGCCAAACUGGCCCACACCAAAAGAGCCAUACCAGUUAACCAGGCCAACCAGAAUUGGGGGAUAAAUAAAAUGAUUCUUGUUUUAA